CCAUAGCAACGAAUACAUGCGUUUGGUUGUGUGGAAAGCCAAGCACUGGCCGUUCAGCAGUAGCAAUGUGCUUUUCUUUACUUGUUCUAACUAUUUGCUAGGUCGCCUUUUAUUUUAUUUGUGGUAUGCUUUUGCAAUGCCCACUUCAGUAACCGAAAUGACUCAAAGUCAUUGGAUGACAACAGAAAAUGGAUCCAAAGUCAAAGUUCAUCGCAGAAAACCUGAGAUUCCACUUGUCAAAAAUAUUGGAACGGACAGCAGUGACACGCUUGGGGUGGUCCCCAAGCCCCUUGAACUUAGUCGCGUAAUUAAUCUUCUUGAAGAUCCUUUAACAGGUAAAUUGAAAGAGAGGCAUCUAUUUGUGUUCAAGAAACUAUUGAAGAAAUGUCAAAGAGGAUUUCUUUUGAAAGAACUCGCUGACAUUUUUAAGAUUGUAAACAUAUGUGCGGAGAAGUCUAAGGAUCAGCCUGAAUAUGCCUCAGUGCUCUGCGACUUCCUGAAAGUGUGCAGGCUUCCCUUCCUGAAGGAGAAAGUGUCUGAUGAGAUCACCUAUGCACCUGCUGUCAGAGAGUGUAUCUCUCAGAUAGGGUACUUGAUGAGAGUGCCACAUGCUGAAGUCAGACACGAGAUCUGUGACUCUAUCAAGUCGUUAUACAGCCCUGUGGAAUCUAAGCAGUCAGUGGAUGGACCGCAGCCUACAGCCCUGGGCUAUGUAGUGGGUCUGUUGGAGCAGAGUGGCCUGGCAGAGACCCUGGUCCUGUCCACCUCCCUGCUGGAGAACCAGCCGUCUGUUUACAGGCAGGUCCUACAGACUCUUCAGAAGCUGACAGGCUCUUCUGAUGUAAACUGUGGCCAUGUGCUGAAGGCUCAGGGGGCCCAGAUAGUCUGCUUCCAUAUGAAUGACCCAGACCCAACUGGACAAAUCCUGUUCCGCUCUUCUGAGAUCUUGUGGAACUUGCUAGAGCGAGGCUGCAAAGAUGAGGUCUCAUCUCAGCUAAGCAACAUGGACUGUAUUGUGGCUCUGAAAGAAGCCUUUUUGAAGCUGCUGUUAAACGGCUACCGGCAUUAUGAUUCUCAACUCAGGAAUGACCUGCUCGUGAUCACAACCCUCAUUGCUGAAAAUCCCAAAUCUCCACUUAUUGAGAGUUUAUUUGCCAAACAGCUCAUUAUUAUUGGCACAUUUCCAGAGAUGAAAAGUCACAACCCUUUAGUCCAAAAUCUCAAGCUGUCCUACAAUAAUGAAGAUUUUGAGAUGAAGAAGCUGCUACUGAACUUGUUUGUUGUCAUGUCAAAGGACCUGUCUGCCCUGCAGCUGUUCAGAGAGGGUGGUGUAGUGGUGGCCCUGCUCCUGCUGGUGAGGCCCCCCAGCCCCCAUCCCAGGGGCCCCCCGGGGCCCCGCCACUGGACCUCCGUCCAGCAGGAGGAGCUGCAGCUGCAGGCCCUGGCCACCCUGGCCAGCGUGGCUCCCCUGCUGCAGGAGGAGUACGUGAGCUGCAAGGGCAGCACCUGCCUGCUGCUGCUGCUGGAGUGGUGCGCUGAGCGGGACACCUACUUCGGCCAGGGCCACAGUUUCCACGGCGCCGGGGGGCGGGGCAGCAAGAUGGCUCAGAUGCGCUACUGUGUGAGGCUGCUGAGGGCCAUGGCUUCCCUUGGCAACGAGGCAAUCAACCAGGGGCUCUGUGAUCAAGGAGCCAUCAGCCAGUUGCUAGGGAUUGUGAUGCAGAUGGUAGAAAGCCCAGAGGAAGAGGAUGUUGUUACCCUGGAGAUCAAGGCUGAUAUUCAGAUAAUCUUAUCAGCGCUGUGUGAAAACGAUCUACACAGAAAGGAAUUGUUUGGAUCUGAGGGAGUGGAGAUGACGGUGCAUUUCCUCAGAAUGAACCCAGAGAAGUUUUCCAGCGGUCUGGGACACAACAUCCUCAUCCUCUCCACGGUGGACUGUGUCUGGUCUUGUAUUGUGGGGUGCUACACGACGGAAGAUUACUUUCUGGCCAAAGAAGGAGUGUUUCUGCUGCUGGAUCUCCUCCACUCGAGUCCCGGCAACAUGCGAAGCGUGAUCCUGGGCACCCUGCAGGACCUGUGUGACAAUCCCAAGACACUGACUCAUGUCCUGGCGUGGCGGGGCCCAGGGGGGCUGCGCUCCGCGGGGCUGCUCCUGCAUCUCUGGAGGCAGGAGGAGGAGGAGCUGGAGGUUAGCCGAGACCUGCAUGGCAGGAUAGCAGAUCCCAAGAAGCCUGUUCUGUACUGCCACCAAGAGGAGAGUUCCCACGUGUCUAUGCCGGCUAACAGACCCAGCCCAGCUGUGAUGGAGGUGUCUGAAAACCUGCGCUCCAAGAUCUACUCCGUCUUCUGUAAGAUAGGGUUUGAAGGUCUAGAUGGAUUGUCAACAGAGGAUUACAUCACUCUGAGUAUUGUGCACAGAUACCUGGACUUCAAGGUCGGGGAGGUGUGGGAUGAGAUCUCCAGAGAGCUGACCCUAGAGGGACUGAGACCGGUCACCCCAGACAUGGAAGCUCUGGACACCAUCGCUCAGAUGACAGAGGACACGGCAAAGAGGGUGAUCGCUGAGCAAGCCAGCAUCCUGGAGAGACAGGCAGACACAGACAUCCAUGAGGAGAAGGCCAUGUACACAGAGAUUAGCUCCAACUGGAAACAGCGGAAGCUUAUAGCCCAGUCAUGGGACCAUUACGUUGCCAAGACAUCACAUUACAAAAUUCUGAAGGAAUCAAAAGCAUUACAGGAGAAGUCUAUUGAUGUGUCCAGACCUGUGACAAAACCAAACGGUUCUGUAUUUCACUCAACACAGAUCCAGGGGUUGCAAACCACGACCUUUUCUGGGCGAAUGAUAAACAUCCAGAGCACCCCCGCCCAUGUGACAGGAGGCCCGCUGGCCGACACAGAGCUGGCCCUGGAGAGAUUACCCGUCCAGGGAGGGGCCCUGAAAACAGUCCCUGCUGGGGCCCCUUACCCUGAGUACUUCAGCACCGUGUCUGUCACAUAAAGACUCUUAUCUGUGCUUCCUUAUCUCAUUGUGUGUGAUGAUAACAACUUGCAUUAUCUCCAGUUUUCAUUUGUUGUUACUAAGUGUUAAAAUCAGAAGUAACAAACUCAUUGUAGCUCAACUUAGGAAAUCAAAUUUUCUGUAAAUUCUGUGAAAUCGAUUAAAAGUACACAACAUUAAAUGUGAAAAUAUCAGCUCUUAUAAGAAUAAAAACAAGAUGUUUGAAAUUGAUAAAAAACAAAAACAAAGCUUGAGUCGACAAUGAUUACAUUUCUAGAACUGAAGUUUGAGUGGGUAAAAUGAUUACUUUCAACAAGUAAACACUUGAAAUUUAAAUGUUAUUUGUCAGAGACUAAAUAAUCACAGAGGUAUUUCAAGGUCAUAAUUUAUUUACUGGAUAGCUGACUCAACUGGCU